UGGAGGAGGACGCGGCUUCCCUGGCCCCGACAGCCUUCGCCUCCCUCUCAUCAGCUGCCUGGGGCUCCGUGACUUUAUUUGGGAAAAGCAAGGUGCUCUGGAACAGCCGGGAAGGGAGAGGUGCUGGAGAGGCAUCCCGGGCAGGGGCCGGGGGGCUGCGGCAGGUCCCGGCUCUGGAGCGAGCGCCUGGUCCCGCGGUGCCCGGGGAAGAGCCGAGGAAGGACUGAGAUGCCCCGUUGUUGCCACGUGAGGAGCCGGGAGCGAAGGAGAUGAGUCGGGAGGGAGGUGAUGGAAUGGGUGACGUCAUCAGGAAAGCAGCUGCACCGGCCGGGGAGGGGAGUUAUAAAAAGGCCCAGAAGAAUGAGCGGGAGUCCAUCAGGCAGAAGUUGGCCCUGGGCAGUUUCUUCGACGAUGGCCCAGGACUCUACACCAGCUGCAGCAAGAGCGGCAAGCCCAGCCUGUCGUCCCGAUUACAAAGUGGGAUGAACCUGCAGAUCUGCUUUGUGAACGACAGCGGCAGCGACAAGGACAGCGAUGCCGACGACAGCAAGACAGAGACCAGCCUGGACACGCCGUUGUCGCCCAUGAGCAAGCAGAGCUCGUCCUACUCCGACAGAGACACGACAGAGGAGGAGUCAGAGUCCCUGGAUGACAUGGACUUCCUCACCAGGCAAAAGAAACUCCAAGCUGAAGCCAAGAUGGCCUUGGCUAUGGCAAAGCCCAUGGCCAAAAUGCAGGUGGAGGUGGAAAAGCAGAACAGGAAGAAAUCGCCGGUAGCGGAUCUUCUGCCACAUAUGCCUCAUAUAAGUGAAUGCCUGAUGAAGAGAAGUUUGAAACCCACUGAUCUAAGAGACAUGACUAUCGGGCAGCUACAAGUGAUAGUCAAUGAUCUGCACUCACAGAUAGAAAGCUUGAAUGAGGAGCUGGUGCAGCUGCUGCUGAUCCGGGACGAGCUGCACACGGAGCAGGAUGCCAUGCUGGUGGACAUCGAGGAUCUCACCAGGCACGCUGAGAGCCAGCAGAAGCACAUGGCAGAGAAGAUGCCGGCCAAGUGA